AUGUCGGUAUACAGUGGAUUCGGCACCAGAGCAUAGGAAGAAGGUUAUCUAAAGAGUCUGUUUAACAUUGUGUAUUUGAUGUAAAUUAAGAUACUAAAGAUCUUUAAAAAUGAGCAAUUCGAUGACAGAAAGUUUUGUAAAUAUUACGUUAAGUUAUUUAAGAAACUUUAUGAACUUGACAAAAUUAAAUAUAUGCCUCCCAAAUUCAACGAAGCAUUCAAGGAUUUAGCUGUAUUCAUUGUCUAGAGAUGA